CUACAUUUCGACAUGCGAUGCAUUUCUCGUUUGUUAUUGCACUUCUCAGAAAAUCAAUUGAUGAUCAAGUCAUAAUAUUAAAAAUAGACAGACUGACUAAAUGCAUAUACAUACACACGAUGUGUAUAAUUAAAAUAAAAGGUUUUCACGGCUAAAAAUGGGAGAGCAAACUGAUUUUGGACAUUUUUCUCUGUCGCUGAAUGCUUCACAAGUUCAGUCAGAAGCCACUUUAUCACACACCAUUGCUAAAGUAAAGUCUCUUCUAGAUGAUUACGUUGAUGGAUUCUCUGCAAACGCUAUUCGGAAUCUUGUUGGGGUCUUCUACUUUUAUAACAAAGCACCAGAGGAGUCACUGAAGUAUUUCCAAGACGUGUUAGAAAAUGACCCAGAAAAUCUUAACGCACUUGCUAAUCAGGUAUUUGUGUAUAAAAGAUUGUUUCGAACAAAAAAAGCAGACGACACAUACAGAAAAUUGGAAGUGGUGCUUAGUUCUAGGAAUGGUGUUGCUGUCGCAGUUCAAAAAGCAGAAUGUGGCUUUGCAUAUCUCUUUGAUUGCUACAUGAACAAUGUAAGACCCCGAUGGGAUAGGUGUACAUCGACAUUUGAAGAAGCAUUGGACGAAUUAGAAUCUGUUAAAGAUAUCGAGAAGAGAAUACAGUUGGAAAUUAAGUUUUGGACCAUGCAGAGCUAUCAAAAAAGGUAUGAAUCAGACAUUAGGGACCAAAUUAAGCACCAAGAAACAUUUAAUAAAGCCGUGAAUAUUAUCCAUCAGAUUACAGAGGCGUUAGGAACUGAUGAAUUGAAAGAUUGCAGAAACACAAAGACUGUGAUUAACGUUGCCGCAGUUUCACAAGCAUAUUUAGGAACAUUCUUCUUUAAAAAGCCAGACACCAAGUGGAAUGAGAAAGGACUAACUGAAGUUGAUAAAACUAUAAUACCACCGGUAGUAGAGGAGACAGGGAGAACAGAAGAAUUUAGAGACCCAAGAAUCUGUUUUAUUAAGGCUUUGAAAGAAAAUCCAGACAAUCGGGAAGUAAGAAUUCGUUAUGCUAACUAUCUCAGAGAUAUUCGAAUGGAAAAAGAAGAAGCAACCGAAGAAAACCGGAAACGCCUCGACGAAGCACUUGAGCAUGUAAAUCACUCCCUAUCAUUAGACGAUUCGGAAGCCAAUUGGUUUGGUAGGUUUACAAAGGCGAGUAUACAUUUCAGUAAAUAUCAACUCUUCAAGAACAAAAAUGAUUUAGAAAGAGCUAUCAACGAUUGGGAAAUCGCAGAUUCAUUUCACCAUACUUCUAGAAUUUUUAACCAGCUAGCCAAUGCUUAUCGAAUGAUGGCACUAAAAGACGGAAGUGACGCAGAACUUGACCUUGAUAAAGAUGAAUACAUAACUAAAGCAUGUGUAUAUUUUUGGAAGUCGGUGCAAAUGUUGGGAACACAAAAAUGGCCCGAAAUCCAUAGGUGUUACGGAAGAUUUCUUAGAGAUCUUGGAGACAAAAGAGAAGCAAUAGAAUGUUUUAAGAGAGCUAUGGAAAUCGACACAGCAAACAAACCUACGAAAAGCUUUGAACAUUUAUUUGAAACGUUUCUUCAAAUGUACCAGGAAGAAGUACGAGAUCUUCCGAAUGUUAGAACUGGAAGUGAUGAUAAAAGUGACCAUAGAGUAGAAUUAAGAGUUGACCGAUUGUUGUUCGAAAUAGCUUACUGGUUCCGAUUCGCUGUGAAAAAGUACAAAGUUUUAGAUUUAAAGGAAAAGGACGAACAUCCAGAGGCUUCCAAAGUACAAAAGCCAGACCAGAAAUUCACAAGAAGUUAUAGUGUCCAAACUGAUAUAGGAACCGUACCGAGUACUCUGGAUAUUAAAGCAAAGGAAGCUGCAAUUCUUUUCGAAAAACAUACCCGCAGAUUUAGUGAUGAAUACAAAACAGCCAUGGCGCAUCUUUGUGCUUAUUUUAAAUCAGUAACAGAAAGCUAUUCGGACAGAAUUUCAAAAAUGAUUCAACAAAGUGCUUCGUUCAAAUCAACUGAAGACGUUGAAUGGAAGACAAUUAUGGAGUCUUGGUCCAGACGUAGAAGUAAAUUGAGUCAACAUAGCGGAAUAGCAUCAUGCCCAGCUUGUGGAAAUCUAACAAACAAACUUUCUUAUUCAGAACCUCCGGAAAAAGCACGAAACGAAAUUUUUAAGUAUGAUUUCUACGUCGUGUAUCCAGAAAACCAAAGAGAAUGGGUUUUGUAUUCGUUAAUUCAAAAACUUGAAGGUGUCUACGGUUUUAAAGGCGCUAUAAAUGACAGAGACGCAACACCAGGCGAUAACAUAUUUAAAAGCAUAAGUCAUCUCAUUGAAAACUGCCAUAGAGUUUUAGUGGUUCUAACUAGAGAAUUCUACCAGGACAGAUGGUGCAUGCACAGCCUAGACUUUGCCGAAUCUCACUCUUACACCAAUAAACGUGACAAUUUCAUAAUUCCUAUUAUCUUGGAAUCAACUGAUGUAUCUGCAGACAGAUUUAGCACUAUUAUCUGUUUAGAUGGAGUGGAAUAUUUUGACUGGGACAAACUUGUUCGUUCAAUUAACCAAAGAUGAAUUGUUGACAAUGCUUAUAACUAUGAGUCAGAAGUCUGAAUAGGUAUGCUCUUAUAGUUGACAAUGCAUUUCGUUAUUGUGUGCCAAAAGUCUGAAUAGGGAAGCUCUUAUAGUUGACAAUGCAUUUCGUUAUGGUGUGCAAGAAGUCUAAAUGGGGAUGCUCUUAUAGUUAAAGAUGUUGAUUAAAAAAAAAAUUGGAAAAAGUAUACAAUAAUGUGACCAAUCAUAGCACGAUGGCGUUUUAUCAUGCAUUGUACCGAUCAUUCAUCAUUUGGGGGAGGGGCAUGUGGCUUUAUUCGGAUCCGACAAACGUUUUUUCCCCGACUUCAAUAUAAAAAUAAAAACAAAUUAGUUCAUUACAGUAACCGUUGACGAUUUUUUUUAAACCAAGGAUGAGAUUAAAGAAAACACUUUCAUUUUCUGAAACAUUUUUCUCGAGAUAUAUAGGAUUUACAGACAAAAGAAAGGAGUAGGUCUGGUAAGACCCCUUUUUGGCCCCAAAAAAUAACAGUAUUACAAAAUUGUUAAAAUGUAAACUUUUAGUUAUUAAUUGAACAGUUGAAUGCUUCUGCUUCAAAAAUAUGGGCUGUUUUUGACAAUACAAUACAAUACUUAUAUAUCGGGUUGUAGCACCAUUAAGUCAUGCUAAAUUACUGAAAUCUUCAAAAUUCUAUCAAUGUGGUUAAAUUUUAGACGGUUUCCGUGUAAAACGGAAGAGGCCGCAUUCGUAUUCAUCCUUCAUAAUGAAAUGUAAACUGCAUUUUAUGAUAAUACAUUCCAUAUAUUAAGGUUGUGGAUGAACACGGAUGCGGCCAUUUUCAUUUUUGACAAAAACCAUCUGUAAAGUGACAUUUUUUAGCAUAUUUGGUAGAUUUGUCAUAUUUGAGCUUGAAUCGGAUCGUUUUUAAUGACUAAAUCAGUUAAAAUUUUUCACAUAAACUAAUUGAAUCAAGUGAAAUAGACACUUUAAAAGUGUUUAAAAAAUAGGUCAAAAUCUUUCGUCAGAUGAAACUGACAUAUCAGCGACGUCAUAAUGUUUGAACCGACGUUAAUAACUUAAUUUGACCCGAACUUAUCAAGUCAUCUUUUGUGUGCUGGUGAAACAAAGAAAACACUUCUGAAACACGCAAAUAUAGCCCGAUAAAUCGAUUAUCAGAUUAUCUGCAUAUUGAUAUUGUAAAAUAUCAGUUGCUUGACAUAAUAUGAAGGCUUUAUUGUGUACUGUUUUUUUCUGUUUCUUUGAUUCUUUUUUUUAGCCUUGGCGUUGUCAUUUUCUUUCGGACUUAUUAGUUUGAAUGUCCCUUUGAUAUCUGUAACCUCUCUUUAAAGAUAACAUGGAAUCGUUCCAAUGGUAUGUCAGUAAAAUUGAAAUGCUUUUUUUUUUUUAUUCAUCCGAACCAAACAUGUUGGUUCAUACAUGAUAGCUUUUUUCAUUCAUCUCAAUUGAUAAUAUUUUAGCACCUUAUUUUUCUCUGUUUAAUUUUUUGGUCCAUUUUUCUCUAUUCUUUAUAUUUUUGCCCAUUAUUCUCUACUCUGUAACCCCCACACAACCUAUAAUUAAUAGAUGGUCAAAUAAUUCUGGUCACAAACAAUACUAAAUUAUUCUUUUAAAAAAACAAACGUCAGUUCAUAGUUUCCUUAACUGCAAUAUACUAGCAUUAUAUAUAUAUUUCUAUUCGUUGUACUAAAACAGCGUAUCAUAAAAACUUUUUUUUUUUUUUUUUUUGUAUAAGGUACAUAAAGUUUUUAAGGUCUCUCAGUGACAUAUCCAGUUAAAAACCCAGAAAAGGACGAUUUUCCACCUAGUCGAAAGGACCCAUCAAUAUCAUAUGGACGGACCCAUACGGCAUCUCCAAUGUUAAGAUGAACAACUGACAUAGUUCCACUGUUGACGAAAUGAGCAUCUCCUUGGCAAAAGGUGUCUGCAAUUCUUGUACCAUCUUUCACAAUUUCGAUGUAAGUUUCUAGACUAUGCGUAAAGCAUUCGAUAUCAAUAAAGAAGGCAUACAAU